AUGGUGGUGAUAAGAGCUGAUUCUCACCUUCACACCCCAAUGUACUUCUUUCUCUUCCAUUUAUCCUUUGUUGAUAUCUGCUAUUCCUCAGUCUCAGUGCCUAAAAUGCUGUUUAAAACUAUUUCAGUCAAUGACUGCAUUGCUCAGAUGUUCUUCAUCUUCCUCUCAGCUGGUGCUGAAAUUUUCAUUCUCUCAGCCAUGGCUUAUGACCGCUAUGCUGCCAUCUGUGAUCCACUACAUUACGUGCAGACAAUGAGCAAAGGAAUCUGCGUUCAGCUGGUAAGUGGUGCAUGGACAAUGGGCUUCUUCUAUGCCCUUCUUAACACAAUUUUUGCCCUCAUGUUGCCUUUCUGUGGGCCCAUUCAAAUCAGUCAUUUCAACUGUGAGCUCCCUCCUCUGUUACAACUGGCCUGCACUGACACCCUCACCAAUCAAGUGGUGCUUCUUACUUCUGCUGUGGUAUUUGGGUCAAGCUCCUUCCUCCUCAUUUACAUCAUCUCCACCAUCCUGCGGAUACGCUCUGCAGAGGGCAGGCAUAAAGCCUUCUCCACCUGCAGCUCCCACCUGAUCGUGGUUGGUUUGUUGUACUUCACGGCUUUUUUCCAGUACACAAAACCCAGCUCAGUCUCCUCUGUGGUUCUGGAUGAAAUGUUCUCCAUCCAGUACAGCAUCUUGAACCCCAUGUUAAACCCCAUCAUCUACAGCCUGAAAAACAAGGAGGUGAAAACGGCUCUAAGGAAUAUAUUGGGGAAAUUCAGAUUUCUCAGUUAG